AUGCAAGAUAGUAUCCUGAAAAUCCUGGAUCACCUGGUCUCCCGAUUCCUUCACACCUCUACCCUAUUUUCGCAGGAAUUAUGCGUAUCCAACUCUUGGUACAUUACGGUGUACUACAUAUUUUUAUUGAUCCGAGCCGCGAUUCCAAUAACUUUCUACAUGCUGAUUUUGUACCACAGUCGAGUAUUACGAAGACCUAUGGAACCUUUGUUGCGUCAUUUCCGCUUCUUCAACCGUAUCGCGGGAAGUCGCGGAAUCGGCCUCACCUUCCGGAACACGCUCGGUCAAAAGAUACCACUUUCCGCCUCCCAAAAUGAAUACUUUUCCCAACUUGAUUUGUUGUGGCAA